UGUCAACCUGACAGUCUGACAGUCAAAAUAUAAAUAAACAAUAGGUGUUUUUUUAAACGUUUGUGAGGUGUAACAAAUAGUACAAAAAUGCUGAAACCAAAGGUUUUAACUCAAGUUCUAAGCCAAGCCAAUACAGGUGGAGUAGAAAAUACACUCCUAGUGAACCAAGAAGGCCUUCUUCUAGCAUACAGUGGCUAUGGUGAUAAGGAUGCAAGAGUUACUGCCGCAAUUGCAAGUAAUAUUUGGAGCAAAUACGAGAAAAAUGGUAAAAUCGCUCUUCGGGAAGAUGAACCGCAAAUAAUUAUGAUGGAGUUUCAAGAGGGUCGUAUAGCAAUCACACAAGUUGCCAAUGUGUUAUUAUGUUUAUAUGCAAAAAACACUGUAGGUUUUGGAAUGCUUAAACAAAAAGCUACCGCCCUGUCGGCCUAUUUGGAAGGUCCUUUAAAUCAAGUGGCUACUUCUUAGCAACGGCAUACUUUGUAUGGAUGGUUGCUGAUGAACGUUAAGGGCCAAUCAGAUAAUUAAGACAUCAGUUAAUUAAUACUUUUUUACCCAAGUACUGCAUCAUUUUCCAUUAAAUUCAUGAAUCAUAUCAAAAGUGAUUACUUAAAUUGAUUUAUAUUGUCGAUCAAAGUAAAUGUUGCUGUUGGAGAGAAUGGCUUCAAUAUUGUAUUGUUAUACUUACACCAAAUUUUUAUUAAUAUAAAUAAUUAGUUCUGUUUUUCUAAAAUAAUAAAUAUGUAUAUUGCCAAAA